GUCAGAAUGUUGCGCACCGCGAUAUUAGGCCUGCCACGGCAAUGCCAAUGCGGCACGUCAUUCACGCAGUUCACGACUCGGAGAGCACUCACAUUCAGCGCUCAUUUGCCUCCCUCUCCACCUCGGCGACCUCAUGUACGACUGCAACAUAGCCCAAGUGCUGCUGGCGCAGGGCCAAGCCAGAGCGCAAGGGCGCGCGCGGCGGGAUAUGAGGCUGCACGCCAGAAGAUGCACUCGCAGCGCAACAGAAGUCUGGUCAUGUAUUCAUCCGCCGCGAUCGUGUUCGCACUCGGGAUGACCUACGCGGCAGUCCCGCUCUACCGCAUGUUCUGCGCUGCAACAGGCUUCGCGGGCACGCCCCAGGUCGGCAAGGGCAAGUUCUCCGCAGACAGGCUGGUGCCCGUCGACGACGCGCGGCGGAUAACCGUGCACUUUAACGCGGAUCGGAGCGAAGCGCUCCCGUGGAAGUUCUCGCCGCAGCAGAAGUUCGUGAACGUGCUGCCGGGCGAGACGAGUCUGGCGUUUUACAGGGCGCGCAACAACAGCCGGCAGGACAUUAUUGGCAUCGCGACGUACAACGUCACGCCAGACCGGAUAGCACCGUACUUUUCAAAGGUGGAAUGUUUCUGCUUUGAGGAGCAGAAGCUGCUCGCGGGGGAAGAGGUGGAUAUGCCGCUGCUGUUCUUCAUUGAUAAGGACUUUGUGGAUGAUCCUGCGUGCCGGGACAUUGACGACGUGGUGCUUUCAUAUACCUUCUUCAGGGCACGACGAGACAGGAAUGGGAACCUGGAGCCGGAUGCAGAAGAGGAUGUGGUGCAAAAGUCGCUUGGGUUCGACAAGUUUGAGCACGCGCCCAAGAAGUGAGCUGGCAGAUUGUAGAGAGUAGAAGUUGAUGACCUCACUACUUGGACAAUAAUGGACUAAAUGAGCGCCAG